UUCCUCGGCAGCUGAAGCAGUCUGCCUGCCACACUCGACAGCCGGGACACUGGCAGACACACACACACAGGGAGAGAGGCAUGAGUUCCACCGGCUCGAGGGGCACUGUGAAACCCAGCGUGAGCAGCCCCCAGAACGCAUCGUCAGUGGUUAGUUUGAACAUCGGCGGCCACAUCUACUGGACCACCCUCAGCACGCUGAAGAGGUUCCCGGGCUCCAAGCUGGCCGAGAUGGUCAACGGACAGUCCAGGGCUAGGACGGAUGCGGACGGGAGAUACUUCAUUGACCGCGAUGGGACCCACUUCCAACACGUGCUGGACUUCCUCCGGGGCAGAGAUCCGCCACCCCACCUGGCCGAGGAGGUCUACCACGAGGCGUUGUACUACGACAUCGAGCCGCUGGUCAAGCUGCUGGAAGACUCGCCCAAGCUCUUUGGUGAGGUGGUGGGACGCAGGCAGUUCCUGGCCAGAGUGCCCAACUACCAGGAGAACAUUGAGGUGAUGGUGCGGGUGGCCAGGGCAGAGGCUGUGGCCUCACGGCACUCCAUGGUGACGGUGUGCGUGGUGAAGAAUGAGGAGGAAGUGUCCAAGUGCCACGAGGCGGUUAACAGCCUGGACACCAACAGGGAGUCGGUGGUGCAGUUCGGACCCUGGAAGGCGUCCCCCUCUGUCUCUGACCUCUUGCACUGCAUCAAACUGGACAUCGAGAGCAAGGGCUACCGAACCUCCUACCAACCUCUGGAGAUGGGGAAAGGGUUCCUCAUGAGGCCCUGCGAGUUCCUCUACAAGUUCACCUUCACCUGGUGGUGAGACUGCCCUUCACCUUCUCCUAAGUGUACCGUAGGAGCGCCAAGUGAACGUUUGAUGGGACACCACUGAAGCUUGUGGCCUAGGGGAAACGAGGAGCCAUGUUAAACCUGCAGGAUGAUACAGUUGAAGAAGGCCAUUUGGUCCAUCGCUCCUGUGCCUGCUCUUUGAAAGAGCACUCCAAUGAGUGCCAUCUCCUUCUCAUUCUCCACCCCCCCAGACAUCUUCCCCUCCAAGUAUUUCCCCAGUUUUCUUUGGUGUUGCUGUUGAAACCACCUACACCAGCAGCCUGAUCCUGAGCACAUCAUUGCUCUGGAGAUAUAAGAUCUCCUUUCUCAAACCCUUUGUAACCAGUUACCUAAAUUCUCCAACCUUCCCUGGGAAAAAGACACGGACUAUCUACCCUAUCCAUGCCCCUCAUAGUUUUAUAAACCUCUAUAAGGCCAUCCCUCAGCCUCCUACAUUCUAUUGAGAACAAUCCAUAGAACCAUAGAACAAUACAGCACAAAACAGGCCCUUCGGCCCACCAUGUUGUGCUGUCCAUCAAACCACCCUGACACUAUCUAACCCUUUCCUCCCGCAUAUCCCUCUAUCUCACAUUCCUCCAUGUGCCUAUCCAACAAACUCUUGAACCUGUUCAAUGUAUCUGCCUCCACCACCAUCCCAGGCAGUGCAUUCCAUGCACCAACCACUCUCUGGGUGAAAAACCUCCCCCUGACAUCUCCCCUGAACCUCCCACCCAUAACCUUAAAGCCAUGCCCUCUCGUCUUGAGCAUUGGUGCCCUGGGAAGGAGGCGCUGACUGUCUACUCUAUCUAUCCCUCUCAAUAUUUUAUAUACCUCCUCUCAUCCUCCUCCUUUCCAGUGAAUAAAGCCCUAGCACCUUAAGCCUCUCCUCAUAUUCCAUACGCUCUAAUCCAGGCAGCAUCCUGGUAAAUCUCAUCUGCACCCUCUCCAACGCCUCCACAUCCUUCCUAUAAUGUGGCGACCAGAACUGAACACAGUAAUCUAAGUGUGGUCUAAUUAGAGUUUUGUAAAGCUGCAUCAUCACUUCGCGGCUCUUAAACUCCCAGCCCAUCCCAUCUCUCCUUAUAAUUACAGGCCUCCAUUCCAGGCACCAUCCUGGCGAAUCUCUUCCACACUCUCUGUAUUGCUCCCACAUCCUGUAGUUUGGCGACCAGAACUGCACGCACAAUGCCUUGAUUCACUUAACGUCCGAAUGAUCCUAUGAAACACUGGCCUCCAUGUGGAAAUAUGAGAAACCAAGUUGGUGAACAAUUCAAUUGGUGGGCAUAGUGGGAGCUGAUGAUGGGUGAUUGGCAGGUGCCAAUCUAAUUUUCUGCUCUCUAUAAACCAGUUCUAGUCCAGUGAGAUCUGGGCUGCAAAGUUGGCUCUGUCUUCUUGCCUACUGGAACCAACAGGUUGGUUAGCGUUUGACCCUAAGUUCCAGACCCUUUCGCCUGUCCCCAAAUGGCGUGGUAUUUCCUUUGUGAACCUUACUUUCAUUGCACGUUGUCCGAUUGUGGUUGGGAGUGAAGCAAUUCUGGACGGUUGCUCAAUCCCAUUGGGAAGCAUACAACGUGCCUCUUGCUACUAAUUUAAGGCUCCUUAGCACCUCAUUGAUCAAGUCUGCAGCGACAUUUGAAGAAGCAACCAUACAGCUUUCAUCAGAGACUUUGGCAUCGUUUUGGUCAUGAAUUCUGUCUGCUGCAGUUCACAGAUACUCUACUCAAUGAGACUCUGAUUAGUAAAUAAGACUGCUUUAUGUUUCAACUAAAUUUUUCAUAUAAAAUAGAUUGAUGCACUUUCUCCCACCUUCAGAACACAUUGGAAGUCUGGUAGUGUCAAUGCACAAUACACGUAGGCGACUCCCUUGUUACGGACUUUCAUGUUAUAGAAAUUCGCCCUUACAGAAUUUACAAGUCAUUGCCCAAAAAUUUGAGAUAUGGAAUAAAAUUCACUCUUACGGAACUUACAUGGAAAAAAGUAAAUAAAUAAACACAAAAUUUAUCUUUUUUCAACUCGCGCUUCUUGACACAUGCACAGAUGACGCAGUUUCACGUUACGGAAAAUCGCGACACGGACUGUUUUCCAGGAACACAACCUACUCCCAUAAUGUGGGGCUCUCCGGUAUUGUUUUCACAAGGACCUUGGCAAAGAGUCUCUUCUGGCCCAGGGCAGCACCAAGACUGACCGCAGUGGAAGAGGGGAUAGUGAAGUGGGGGAAAUUAGAGGUGUCAA